AUGAAUGUCAAACGGUUGCAUGGUGGGCUGUGCUUGGAUCAACCCCAAAUAAAGAUGUCAGGUUACAGUUUAUUUAGAAUAGGAGCGUUAGCAAAAUGCAUCGCGACCAACCCUACCACGGUGCUCUGCAGGACGAACACGCUGAACCGAAUACAGACACGUGGAUAUGCCAAGAAAGUUGUGGCCAAAGGCAAAGCCAAAGGCAUGGUGAAGGAAGAGCUGAAGGGCCCAGAAGUGUGUAACGACCCCGUCAGACUCACUUCUCAAGCAGUAGGGGCCAACAUCUAUAAGCAAGGAGAUGACCCCAAACUGAAGCCCCCCGAGGAAUAUCCAGAGUGGUUGUUCAAGUUGAACCUGGGAGAGCCCAAAAAGCUGCACGAGUUGGAGCCGGACACCUGGGAAUACUGGAAGCGUCUGAGGAAGGAAAACAUUUGGCGUUCCAACAGACUACAUAAGGGGAAGAAGUUUUAAGCCUUCACUGGACUGACAGUGGGCAGCUCUCCUCCUCUAUAGUGAUGUGCUUCAGACGCUUGUAAACGGAACUACCAUGACAUUGACAUGUUCAGAUCACAUGUCAAGCUCCUGAGUGAAAUAAAUUACACAAACUCUCAACUACAGCUAAAAGGUUGUCAGAAAUCCUGCAGCAUGUUCAGUGGUUUUCCUGCAUUGGGUUUCUGGGGACAGUAUUUGAAAUCUUGAAACUGUCACUCAUUUAGGAUUUUGACUACGUUGAACUAUGUUGAACUCAUUGCAAUGCUGCAAUGCAAUGCAGCAGAAUCCAACACAAAAACUGAAUAUCAGAAUAAGAAAAGAAAAAAAGUGAUUGAAAGUGCAUUCCCACCUUGUAGACAAUCUCACCAUAAGGUCCAAACAGUAGUUUAUGUUGUACAAUCGAAAGGUCCAGAAAGCUACUAUGUGGACAUUGUGAUGAGAUCUCAAAAAUGCAUUGUUUACUGUGUUUGAUGCAGGGCUAUCACAUGGGAUUGAAUUCGUUUUCACAACUGUAAUGGUACAAUGAUUCUUCCACAAAUGACCUACCCAAUUUUUUUCAGACUUAUGAUAAAUAAAUAUGAAUAAAUA